CUUCUACACCACCAAUUGUUAAUGUCACCGGCCACUUCUGUACGGAGUGAAAGUUUCAUUUUCUCUUAGCGGAAAUCCCUUAAAAUGGACAGAAAGGGGGAAUUUUUGUGACACUUCGACAUUUCGCUAGUCAUCUUAAGAGUCUCUGACAGUAGUUUAGACAUCAUAUGGCAACAAUGGACAUCAGGCCGGGCCGCAACACCAAUGUGAGGGUGAACAUGAUGGAGGGUGUCGGAGCGAGAGUUGUCCGUGGACCCGACUGGAAAUGGGGCAAACAAGACGGGGGCGAAGGGCACGUAGGCACGGUCAGAAGCUUCGAAUCCCCGGAGGAGGUUGUGGUUGUGUGGGACAACGGGACGGCAGCUAACUACCGCUGUGCUGGGUCGUAUGAUCUGAGGAUUAUCGACAGUGCCCCCACAGGAGUCAAGCAUGAUGGCACCAUGUGUGAUACCUGCCGCAUGCAACCUAUCUACGGCAUCCGCUGGAAAUGUGCUGAAUGUCCCAACUACGAUCUCUGCACUGCCUGUUACCAUGGUGAUAAGCAUCAUCUCCGACAUCGCUUCUACCGCUUCAAUGUGGCGACCAGUGAGAGAGUUGGUUUGGAGCCACGGCGCAAGAGCAAGAAGAUCAUGGCUCGAGGGAUCUUCCCAGGAGCCCGUGUGGUUCGAGGGGUAGACUGGGAGUGGGAGGAUCAAGACGGAGGCAGCAGUCGUCGGGGGAAGGUCACCGAGAUACAAGACUGGAGCUCUACUAGUCCCCGCAGCGCUGCUUAUGUCCUGUGGGACAAUGGAGCCAAGAACUUGUACCGUGUUGGAUAUGAGGGCAUGUCCGAUCUGAAGGUGGUCAGUGAUGCGAAGGGAGGCACAUUCUAUCGUGAUCACUUGCCGUGCUUAGGUGAGCAAGGGCCAGGCAGCCGAGGGGUGCAUGGUCUGUAUGCCUUGGGCGAUCAAGUCAAUGUGGAUUUAGACCUGGAGAUAGUACAGAGUCUGCAACAUGGGCACGGUGGCUGGACAGACGGCAUGUUUGAGACUCUUGGUGCAACAGGCACAGUGGUAGGGAUUGAUGAAGACCAUGACGUGGUCGUCUCCUACCCAAGUGGGAACAGGUGGACUUUUAAUCCAGCUGUCUUGACAAAGGUCAACACCACGACCUCGGUGCAAGGGUCAGCUAGCGGAGACACGCCCACCGCCUCCCAGUUCCAAGUAGGAGAUCUGGUGCAGAUUUGUAGUGACCUGGAACGCAUCAAAGCCCUGCAGAGAGGGCAUGGGGAAUGGGCUGAGGCCAUGCUACCGACAUUGGGUAAGAUUGGUCGUGUGCAGCAGAUCUACCAUGACAAUGAUCUCAAGGUGGAGGUCUGCGGUACAUCCUGGACCUAUAAUCCUGUGGCUGUCACCAAAGUGGCAUCAGAUAGUGGAGGAUUAAGCAACUCAUCAGAGAGGUUAUCAGCACUACUCAAGAAGCUGUUUGAGACGCACAUCACUGGAGAUGUCAAUGAGGAACUGGUAAAAGCAGCGGCCAACGGUGAUGCCAACAAGAGCGAAGAGAUCCUAGUGCGGCCAGAUGCUAACGUCAAUGUACAGUUUGCUGGUCAUACUGCCCUACAAGCAGCCAGCCAGAACGGCCACGUUGACGUCAUCAAAGUCCUCAUCAGACACAACGUGGACGUGGAGAUGGAGGACAAAGAUGGCGACCGUGCAAUUCACCACGCCGCAUUCGGUGACGAGCCAGCUGUGAUUGAGCUGCUUCACCGUGACAACGCAGACCUGAAUGCCCGCAACAAACGACGCCAGACCGCCAUACACAUCGGGGUCAACAAAGGUCACUACGGGGUGGUCAAGACGCUACUGGAACUUGGCUGUCAUCCAAGUUUGCAGGAUUCGGAAGGAGACACUGCAUUGCACGACGCGAUCAGCAAGAAGCGUGAUGACAUCCUGUCGCUACUGCUGGAGAACAACGCUGACAUCUGUGUGACUAACAACAAUGGUUUCAACGCCUUGCACCACGCGGCUCUCCGUGGCAACCCGAGGUAAGUGAUGUUUUAGUAGUUU